GACUGAAUGCUUUGGCGUCCCAUUCUUAGUUAUAAGUUCUCGUAACUCCCGAGCCGUUGUCGUUUCUUCUUUAGUGACGCUAAACAACGGCCGGAACGGCAACCGAGACAGCCUCGAAGCUCCAUGUUGACGGCGAUGAAUGUGAUGCUGAUGGCUCGGUCGAUAAUGUCCAUAAACGACUUCGUUUUUGAGGCCGACGAUAUCCCGUUCGGUACGCCCUGGUGGUUCGUCGACGCCGGUAUCUCUUGCCUGUUGGUGCUUUUCGCGGGAAUCAUGUCCGGCCUUACCUUGGGGCUCAUGUCCAUGGGUCUUGUUGAGCUCGAGAUCCUCCAGCGAAGCGGCACCUCCACUGAGAAGAAGCAAGCCGCUAUUAUCCUACCUGUUGUUCAGAAGCAACACCAACUCCUUGUUACUCUGCUUCUGUGUAAUGCAGCUGCCAUGGAGGCCCUUCCUAUAUAUCUUGAUAAGAUUUUUCAUCCCUUUGUGGCUGUUUUGCUGUCCGUGACAUUUGUUCUAGCUUUUGGAGAGAUCAUUCCACAAGCUAUCUGCUCUCGGUAUGGACUUGCUGUUGGUGCAAAUUUUGUGUGGCUAGUCCGCAUUCUGAUGAUCAUUUGCUACCCAAUUUCUUAUCCCAUUGGAAAGGUUCUGGAUGCCGUCCUUGGGCACAAUGACGCUUUGUUUAGGCGUGCUCAAUUGAAAGCUCUUGUCUCAAUACACGGCCAAGAGGCUGGAAAAGGAGGCGAACUAACACAUGAUGAGACAACAAUUAUCAGUGGAGCUCUGGAUUUAACUGAAAAGACUGCAGAGGAGGCUAUGACACCUAUUGAAUCAACAUUUUCCUUGGAUGUCAACUCCAAACUGGACUGGGAAGCAAUUGGAAAAAUUCUUGCCCGAGGCCAUAGUCGUGUCCCCGUCUAUUCUGGAAAUACAAAAAAUGUUAUUGGACUAUUGUUGGUGAAAAGUCUUCUCACUGUACGAGCAGAGACAGAAACACCUGUCAGUGCUGUCUCUAUCAGGAGAAUACCUAGGGUUCCAGCAGAUAUGCCCUUGUAUGAUAUCCUAAAUGAGUUUCAAAAGGGAAGUAGUCAUAUGGCUGCUGUUGUGAAAGUUAAAGCCAAAACAAAGAACCCUCACCUUAUUAGUAAUGACAAAAAUUUUGAGGAAAAGGGAACUUACAAUGGGUAUUCAGAGUUGGACAUCCCCUUGCUAGCCAAGCAUGAUGAUAAAUUAGAAAGUUUUUGCGUUGAUAUUGACAAAGCAUCGAAGCCUAUUGCAAGCAACCUAAGCCACUUUCAACAAAAUGGUGUUCCGCCAAACUGCUUGUCCUAUUUACCAGAGGAUAUUGAAGAUGGAGAAGUGAUUGGCAUCAUCACCCUGGAGGAUGUUUUCGAAGAACUUCUGCAGGAGGAAAUUGUUGAUGAGACUGAUGUCUAUGUUGAUGUACAUAAACGGAUACGAGUGGCUGCUGCUGCUGCUGCAUCAUCCGUUGCACGGGCUCCAUCAAAUCGGAGACUGACUGGUCAAAAGUCCACUGGUAAUCAGGGUAGGCAGGGACAAACACAAAGAAGUUAGUCAAGGAUGACAUAUACUCUUCAGUUAUCUGGCAGAUCAUCUUCUGAACGGUAAGAGAUGGCUCUAUAACUUUGCCAAAUCCUAUACUUUGUUUCGUUCUGUUUGGUUUUUCUUUUUUCACCCUCGUAGUAAGGGCGCCCAGUUCACGUGUUGCAUGUAUCUCGUUCUUGGAAAAUUAUAUGAUUCCACGUCCUCCAGACAGUGAAUCUCUUUUGGGGACUCACGUUUUUUUUUUUUUUUUUUUUUGGUGGGUUCGAUGCUAACCUUCUAUACAAAUAUGCCCUUUUGUUACUUUUUUUUGUGCAUACUAAAGUCAGGAAUCCUUGUAAAUAUUUGGAGGAUAAAUUUCGGUUCCUCGAGUGCGUUAUUAUGUUUGCUUCCA